AUGCGAUUGCACAGAGUGAUCUUCUGUUUAUUCUACGUCAUAUCACACGGUGAGUUGUGGAAGUUAGCACCGAAAGUUCAAAAGAUGUUUCCAGUAUUCUCAAUUCGUCUCAGCCAGUUUCUCCGCCUCGCUUCCUCAGAUAACUACCACAAUGAUCCCUCGAUUGCAGCCCUUCCAAGUGUAGAGGUAUAGCUGAAAUAUAUCUGAAACUUCUUAAAGCAUUCAGCUUUUCAGAACCGAAUAUAUGAAAAGAUGUAUGUGAAGCCGACGACAGAAAAAUACGACCGAUUCAUUCGGAACGGAUUGUUCGACUUCAGUCCGGUGAUCAGACACCCGUACGAGUACAGGAUACAGUAA